AUGGUGGCCAAAAUCCGGCAAAGUUCUGCUAACUCUCCAAAUCCUAAAAAACCAGUGGUUGGAGAGAUUGACACCAGUCCACCUUUUCAAUCUGUUAAAGAUGCUGUUUCUCUAUUUGGUGAAGGUGCUUUAUCUGGUGAAAAACCUGCCAUUAAGAAGCCAAAACCUUAUUUUGCUCAGAGCGUUUGGGCAAAGGAGUCACAACUUCACCUAGCCCAAAAAGAGCUGAAAAAAAUAAAGGAACAACUAAAGAAUGCAGAAACUACCAAGGCUCAAGUUCUGGUGGAGCUUGAAAAGGCUAAAAGAGUGGUUGAGGAUCUCUCUCAAAAGCUUGAAGUUCUCAGUGAAUCCAGAGAAUUAGCAAUACAAACAACCGAUGUUUCAAAAAGUCGAGCAAAACAGCUUAAAGAACAAAAGUGUGGUGAUCCUGAUGGAACCAAUGGUACUUGGAAAGAAGAGUUAGAAACUGCCGUUAAAAGUUAUGCCUCUGUCAUUGCAGAACUUGAUGUUGCAAAGCAAGAACUGAGUAAAAUUCGGCAGGGGUAUGAUUUAUCAUUAGAAGCAAGAGCUUCUGCGUUCAAGCAAGCAGCAGAGGCUGAAGAUGCAAUGAAGGCGAACACCCGAAGAGCAUCUGAACUAUCUAAAGAAAUUUUGGCUGUACUGGAAUCAAUUGAUCAAACUAAUGCUGAAUCUGUCCAAGCACAGUUGCUACAAGAAGAGACAUUAAUCGAGCAAAAUGUUCUAAGACAAUCAUAUGAAGCCAUCCUUGAAGAAUCAAAAGGGAAUUUACUUGAUUUAAAGAAGGAUUUCAAUCCAGAGCUUACCAAAAAUCUAGAAGUGCAGCUGACUGAGACAAUGAAUGAAAUAGGUGUUCUGCAAGAACAAAUGGAAAAGACAAAGAAAUCAGACUUGAACUCUUUGAGAAGUGUCACUCUGGAUCUUGAUGAUGCUACGGAAUCACUGCAGAAAGUAGCAGGACAGGAAGACUCCCUUAGAGCCAUGAUGGAAGCUCUUAGGAUGGAGCUGGAGAAUGUAAAAAGAGAACACACUGCAUUGAGAGACAAAGAAUUCAAAACUGAAUCCGUGGUUGAGAAUCUGCGGGUUGAGCUCCAGAAAAGUGAGUCUGAACUUGAAGCCUACUUGGCAGAAGAAUCUAAAGCUAGAGGUGAAACAGAGGAAAUGAUAUUGACAUUGAACCGGUUGUUGACUGAAACUGAAAAAGCAAGGAGGGAAACAGAAGAUAUGAAGGAUGAGGCAGCAAAAUUGAAGAUGGGAGCUGUAGUCACUAAACUUGUGUUAGAAGAUGCCGAAAUAAAGCUUAAAGUAGCAUUGGAAGAAGCAGAAGCGGCAAAAGCAGCUGAGGCAAGUGCUCUGGAUCAGAUCAAGGUCUUAUCUGUGAGCAUGGGUGCUUCUCAUUCAUCAACUUCUGAAUCUGGUGCAAAAAUUGAAAUCUCAAGGGAGGAGUUUGAGUCCUUGGUUCAUAAGGUUGAGGAGUCUGAUAAACUAGCGGAUAUCAAAGUGGAUGCUGCCAAAGCGCAGGUUGAAGCUACAAAGACUAGUGAAAAUGAAGUUCUAAAAAGGUUAGAGGAAACUCAAAAGGAAAUUGAGGAUAUGAAGACUGAAACACAAGCAGUCUUGAAAAAGGCUGAGAUGGCUGAAGCAGCAAAGAGGGCAGUGGAGAAUGAGCUCAGAAAGUGGCGAGAAAGAGAGCAGAAGAAAGUAGCAGAAGCUGCAUCUAGAAUAUUGGCUGAAACACAGAUGAGACCAGAACUAUCUCCUCCGCACUACAGGAUUCAAAAGCAAAAUUCACUACCAAAGGUGGAGCUGAGGAAGUUAGAUAAAGGGAAGGUGUCAGUUUCAAAGAAAGUUCUUUUGCCUAACAUCAGUGGCAUCUUUCACAGGAAAAAGAACCAGGUUGAGGGAGGACCUUCAUCUUAG